GCCGCAUUCGGAGUGUCAGAAAAGUUGUCGAAUCGAGGGGUAGUAAAGCGAAAAUCCAACAAACAAACAUGCGUGUGGCAUUAUUGUUUCUACUCGUUGCCGUGGCUUGCGCCUCGAUCAAAGAAGCUAAUUCCACGCCGUUCUUUACCUCGUUUCUCUCGCACAUUAUCGAAAAGUGUCCGCUGUUGAGCCACUUCUACCCAAAAGACGAUUGCUGCUGCUCUGAUUACUGCUACAGCAGCUGUUGCACAACAACGUCAACAACAACAACAACAACAACUACUACUACUACGACAACUACCACUCCUCCUCCUACUACCACUUCUGCUACUACUACCACUUCUGCUACUACCGCCGCCGGGGGCGGUAGAAGGAAGCGUUGGGUCAUCACGAAUUAUUACAACAACUUGUCGUCAGACGUAACAAAGCGCAACGCAACGCGAGAUGACAAACAACCAUGAGAGUUUAUAAUGACGAUACGCAAAUAUAUAUAUAUAUAUAAUAUUCGUGACACACGAGAUGCAUAAUUAUAGUACACAUUAGAAACGUGCUGCAACAUCGAAUUCUACGAAGAUAAAUGUUUUAAAUAUUUUUAUUAAAUAUUUUUAUGUUAUUAAAUAUUUUUUAUUUGGAUUAAAAAUAAUUUUGUUAAAAUUAUAGGAUAUAAAUCGUAAAAAAACCACUUGACGCGUAAUAUUUGUUUACAGAUAUGUGUGUGGACAUUGUUAAGUCAACAAAAUAAAUCGUACAAAAUAAAGAUGUGUAAUAAAUAAUUUCGAUUAUAUGUAUGCACACGUGUAUUUUAUAGUGUGUAUGUACAUUAUUUCAUUUGCACAUUAAUGAAGAAUGACAUUUGCGUUUAACAUUUGCACAUCUGGAUUUUCUUAUAACGCGCGACACCAAUCAAUUACAAGUCUCAACACGGUCUAAGAUAAAUAAAAAUCUCCUUGCGAGUACUUUCUCUUCAUUAAAACCAUUAUGUAAAAUAUGACUAAUGCACUUUUAUCUUUCAUUGAAUCCACGGAAGCGUGUAAGCUGACAUUGACACACAAUUAUCAACAAUGUAGCGGUAAUUUUCUUAAUGUCGUUCUCACUUUUUUCUUUCUUUUGAAACAAAAAUCAAUAUUUACCAACAC